CUCUCUUUCUCUUUUUUGUAACAAAAAUAAAUAUUUUAUUAUAAUCAGGAUGGUAUGAAGAGCAGAAUUAUGGAAUAUAUGAACGGGAAUCUCUCCCUCCCAACAAAAGUGGCAUGGAAUUCCAAAGCUCUGGCAAUCAUUCAUCAAUGGCAUCCAUCCUAAAGAAAGAGGUUUUAAACCCUCUUUUCUGCGUCUUCUUCCUUUCAAAAUCGUCCUAAAUUCUUGGAGGGGAGAUGGAAAAGGGUAUUCCAUCAUUGCCUGCAUGCAUAUUCUGAUUGAUGGCUACCCUUGAGGUUCUGUUAUUCCUCCUCCUGGUUUCCGUUGCCAAUGCACAACCCGCUGCAGUCCCUGCCGUCUCUUCUUCUUCGCCUUCUUCUUCGUCUUAUAUCGAACCUUUCGUGAGUUUCGCCCCUGAAGACAACUUUCUCAUCGAUUGCGGCUCCAAUUCCUCCUCCACCCUCCCCGGAAACAGAACCUUCCAGCCUGACAAUUCCACCACGGAAUACCUCUCCUACGCCGGGAAAAUCGUCCAGCUUUCCCUCCCGUCGUCCCCCCACAAUGUCUCUCCCAUCCACCGCACCGCGAGGGUUUUUGCCAAAGACGCCACCUACACGUUCCCCGUCACCUCCCCCGGCUGGCAUUGGAUCCGCCUCCAUUUCCACGCCCUCAACACGACCUCGUACAACCUCGGGGCAGCGAGGUUCUCGGUGGAGACAGAUCGUCUCGUCCUCCUCCACCAAUUUCAGCUCCCGAAGAACAACGCCAGCACGGUUGUGAAGGAGUUUUUGGUAAAUGUGACAACCGAGCGUUACUCGUUGACAUUCAAGCCCAAGGGCAAUGUGGCUUUCAUUAAUGCGAUAGAGUUCAUUUCCGCCCCAGAGGAGCUGAUCAAGGACAGCGCCACCCUUCUCUUCCCCGUCUCACAGCCUUAUGAGCUUUCAGGAGACAGCUUUGAGACAGUUUACAGGCUCAAUAUGGGUGGCCCUAUGCUUGAACGACAGAAUGAUACAUUGGGAAGAAAAUGGGAGCCUGAUCACGGUUAUCUUGAGCCCAAGGAAAUGGGUAAGGUUUCUUCGGUCUCUGCUGUGGCCAUCUCUUACCCCACCGGAAGUGGCGGUGGUGGCGGAUCGCCGCUGAUUGCUCCGCCAUUGGUUUAUUCAUCUGCGGAGGAGCUUGGAGACUCCAAAGUCGUGCAGCCGAAUUUCAACAUCACCUGGAAAUUGGACGUCAACGUCCAUUUCUCCUACCUGGUUCGCCUCCAUUUCUGCGACAUCGUGAGCAAGUCUCUCAACGAACUGUACUUCAAUGUGUAUAUCAAUGACAAUGUGGCCAUCUCCGGUUUGGAUCUGUCGGCGUUGACGGGAAAGCUUGCCACGGCUUUCUACAAAGACAUCGUGGUGAAUUCCUCCAUGGUCUCUACUCCGCUUCAAAUCAAAGUGUCUCCGGUCGACGAUGCCCAGGGGAUAAGAAACGCCAUCCUCAAUGGUCUCGAGGUGUUCAAGCUGAACAAUUCAGUGGGGAGCUUGGGCGGAGAGUACGGCGUGGACGGACGGAGAGUGGGGGACGAGGCAGACGGCGUCAGCGGCCAUCAAACCGCCGCGACCGUCGGAAUCGCGGUGAUGUUCGGCGCGUUUGUAGGGUUAGGAGCCGUCGCCGUGAAAUUGCGAAAGAGGCCGCGCGAUUUGGGGACGAAGAGCAGCUUCUCGUCGUGGUUGCUUCCCCUUCACAACGCCGGAGACUCGAAUCCCGUGACCAACAACAACAAGCCUCCUGCCCCAAAAAUUUCCACUGUCACCGAAUUCGGUAGAUACUUCUCCCUCGCGAAAUUGCAGGAAGCAACGAGCAAUUGGGAGUCGAGUAAGAUAAUCGGAAUUGGAGGCUUCGGCAACGUGUAUUUAGGAGAAAUCGAUGGCGGAAUCAAAGUGGCCGUGAAACGGGGGAGUCCGGCAUCCAAACAGGGCGUCCAUGAAUUCCACACUGAAAUCCAGAUGCUGUCCAAACUCAGACACAGGCAUUUGGUGUCUCUGAUUGGGUACUGUGACGAGAACAAGGAGAUGAUUCUGGUGUACGAAUACAUGGCCAACGGCCCCCUACGGGACCACCUUUACGGGCCGCAGCGGGCUCAUCCUCUUCCAUGGAAAGCGCGGCUGGAGAUCUGUAUCGGGGCGGCGAGGGGGCUCCACUACCUCCACACCGGUGCGUCCCAGGGGAUCAUCCACCGCGACGUCAAGAGCACCAACAUCUUGCUUGACGAUGAGUUCGUGGCAAAGGUGGCUGAUUUCGGGCUCUCUAAAAGCACCGGCGGGGGCCACGCGGAGGACCAGACUCACGUCAGCACGGCGGUGAAAGGCAGCUUUGGCUAUCUCGACCCGGAGUACUUUCGGAAGCAACGGCUCACGGAGAAAUCGGACGUUUACUCGUUCGGGGUGGUGCUUCUCGAGGCAUUGUGCGGGCGGCCCGCCAUCGACCUGCAGUUGCCGAUGGAUCAGACGAACCUGGCCGAGUGGGCGUUGCAGAGGAAGAGGAAAGGGCUGCUGGAGAAGAUCGUCGAUCCGAACCUCACCGGGCAAAUCAUCAACCCGGAAUCAAUGAAGAAGUUUGCAGAGGCGGCGGAGAAGUGCUUGGCGGAGCACUGCGUUGACAGGCCGAGUAUGGGAGAUGUACUGUGGAAUCUGGAGUAUGCAUUGCAGCUUCAAGAGCCUUCUUCUUCUUCUUCUUCGCAAGGAAAGGCUGAUGAAGAAAACAAGUCUUUCGCCGCCCCCAAUUCCCCCGCCGUGCUUUCCCCGGCCAACUGUAACGGCCGGUCUGAAUAUGACAACUGUUAGUUAGCUAACUAUAGAUUUAACUAACACUUCGUAUUUUCGAGUGUUUUUGUAUUUUCACUCUAAUUGGUUAGCAUUAGCUUCAAUUUGUAACAUUUUAGUAAGCACGUUUGACUUUUCAGUGACACUUAUUUGGUACGAGGUAGCACAAUUUUUAGUACUGAAAGAGAGUUAUCAUCAUUCUAAGAAAUGUUACCCAAACAA